AAAUAUUAGUAUAAAUGUAGUUGUAUAGAUUUGUGUGUUGAUAUCCCCUUCUCGUAGUGACUUUAAAAAAUAUUAAAUUACUAUUUCUAAUUGACACUUUAGUUUUUGUUACCGUAAAGAUUGGUUGUCUAAAAGAUCAAAAUGCAAAUUCCGGAAGAGCGCUAUAACGCACUUAUGUCUCGCUACAACGAAUUUGUCGAGAGUAUGGGAAACCCCGAUAUAGCUCCUGUGAAAGUAUUCGAUGCUUUGUCCCAAAAGCAAAAUGAGGAGCUUCUGUUGAUAAGAGAAAUCAGUGCCUUUCUACAGAAGAAGAAAGAUGAUGAUAUUGCGAAGCAGAAUCAAACUGAAACUGAAGAAACCGCUGAAAAAGAAGAGACGAAAGAAGGGUCUGAAGAAGAGACGAAAGAAGGGUCUGAAGAAGAGACGAAAGAAGAGUCUGAAAAACAGAAAUCACAAUGAUGGAAUUAAUUUAUUUCUCCUAGGUUUUAAGCUUGAAAUAUAAUAAUUAAAUAAAUAAUUCAAGAAAUUUUA